AGCACCAUCAUGGGGAAGGGCGACCCCAACAAGCCGCAGGGCAAGAUGUCCUCAUACGCCUUCUUUGUGCAGACUUGCCGGGAGAAGCACAAGAAGAAACACCCUGACUCCUCGGCCAACUUCACUGAGUUCUCCAAGAAAUGUCCUGAGAGAUGGAAGAUCAUGUCUGCCAAGGAAAAAUCCAAGUUUGAAGAUAUGGCAAAAAGUGACAAAGCUCGCUAUGACAGGGAGAUGAAAAAUUAUGUUCCUCCCAAAGGUGACAAGAAGGGAAAGAAAAAAGAUCCCAAUGUGCCUAAAAGGCCUCCAUCUGCCUUCUUCCGGUUUUGCUCUGAACAUCACCCAAAGAUCAAAAGUGAACACCCUGUCUUAUCCAUUGGAGAUACUGCAAAAAAAGUGGGUGAAAUGUGGUCUGAGCAGUCAGCCAAAGGUAAAUAA